UGGACCAGCAUGCCGGCAGGGGUCAGCAGAGUCUGAACUGCAGAGCACAGCCUGUGGAGUACGUGACGCCCCAGUCCGAGAGGUUAUUUCGGGAAGACUCUCAUUAUCGCCUGGCGGGCUGUGUGGCGUCAGCAGACGCUCUGCAAGCGCAUGACUCAGGCUGGGGGGCUGCAGCGAGAGGCGACAAAGGCUCAGAACUCACUUUGUUCUCUCCGGAAGAGCCCAGCAUCUGCUCUAAACCCGUUUCAUCUGUUUCAGAGCGUGCUUAUUCCAGAGCAAACGUCCGGUCAGCCUGCCCGUUCCUGCCAGUGGCGGCUGGGCUGCGCUCAGGCGCUGCUCUGAGGGAACCAGGUCUGUGUGUCUCUCCAGGUACCAGAGCUUCAGGGAGCUGCCUGCACUCCUGGACUUGGGGAACAGGGGCGGGCUGGGAGACCCCAUCCUGGGGCGUGAAGCCUGCGCAGAGGUUUCUGGGAUAGCUGGAGGAGAGCAGGGGAGGACUGCAGCAGAGCAGAGAAGGGCACCCCAACAGAAGCCAGUGGACGCCAGGGACGGUCACUUAGGUCAGCCGCAAGGCCGCUCCCGCCGCCAAUCAGAGCUCUCCUCCCGGGAGCCCCUCCCCCAGGCUUCUAGGUUUCCACAGCAACAGGGGAUGCGCGGUGUGAGCGCGUUCCCGGCUGGGGGCGGGGCACAAUCCCGCGGCGGCAGCCUGACCAGCAUGGGAGAGAGCGGCCUGCCCGCCAAGGUCCCGCACGGGGACAGGACGGCGCCCCCUCAGGAGCGGAUCGUUUCCCCGGAGACGGACAGCGGCUUUGUGGGCUCCGAGAGCAGCCGGCUCACCCCUGCGGUGCACAGCCCCUACCACCAGAGGGCAGGAGUGAGAUACCCCUCCGGAGGGAGAGCCCAGAAGCCAUCCAGCUCUGCCAUGAAGUGUCCCGCCCCUCACCACCGCCCCCUAGUGGAGGACAGAAGGGUCCCUAGAGACACGGUGUCAGAGGUCAACAUGGGGAGGAACGCGUUGCCCCUGCCAAGCCCCUCCCCCACCAGCUCCCCGCAACACUGGGCCAGCAGCGUUACCAGCGAGUUCGAACCCGAGACCUACGCCACCCUCAGCGACUCCGAAAGGGAGGAAGACGGACCGGGACCGGGCUCCCCCAUUUCCUGCUCCCGACCAGCCAAUAGGCAGCAUCGCCAGCAGAAGAGCCCCUCCCCCCCGCUGCCCUAUCGCCAUGGAGACCAACCCAGAGCCCAGGCGUCUGGCCUGCUGCCCAGCAGACAUGAAGCAAUCCAGGCACUGCAGGUAGAGGUGUCCAGACUGAAACAGAGCCUGGAGGGCAGCCUGCACAGAACGGCACCCCCCAGCCCAGCCACAGCGCCCCCCACAGCCCGGGAGGACCAGCAGCCCCUGCCCCGGCACUCUUCCACGCCUGCCAUGAGAGCCCUGCAGCGUGAGGAAGGCCGACGGCGGGAGGAUGAGGAGCCGGAGAGGGAGCCCGUCAGCCCGGCCUGGAGGAGGCGAUCGGCGUCGGCCCCACGACUGCGCGCGGAGUGGCACACCGGCAGCGACUCGGACCGGGUCCACACUCUGCCCAGGCCCCGCUCCUCCAGGCCCGUCCCGCAGUCCCCUGCAGCGCCGGAGCGGGGCAGGCGGUCAGGAGCCGUGGCGUUUCGGGGACCGUACACAGGUAGAGCCCCGCAGGAGAGAUACUCAGUAUGCCAUCCAGGACAUCUGGCACUGGAGACGCACUGAUUCCUGUCACGG